AUGAAGCAACUGGAGGACAAACAAGGAGCGGAUGCUGAGGUGGAAACCCUCAAGAAAGCGCUGGCUAAGGCCAAGAAGAAAGCGGCAAAGGAGCGAGCCGCCCGUGAAAAACACGAGGCCAGGGUUUGUGAGGUCCAAAACCCCCCGCACCUCCUUCUGCUAGCCCUGGCCCUAGCCCUCACCCUCCCGCCCGCCGCACCGCAGCCGGCGCCGGGGUCGGCGGCGGAGCCGCGGGAGGACGACGCGCGGUGCCUCAAGGGCGUCAAGGCCGACCUCAGGGACCCCGAGGGCCGCCUCACCUCCUGGACCAGCAACACCUCGGCGGGCGCCGUCUGCGACUUCUCCAGCAUCUCCUGCUGGAACCCGCAGGAGUCGCGCAUCCUCGCCGUCUCCCUCUCCGGCUUCGGCCUCCAGGGCAAAAUCCCCCCCGUGCUCCAGUACUGCCGCUCCGCCAACACGCUCGACCUCUCCUCCAACGCGCUCGAGGGCCAGAUACCCCCCGCGCUCUGCGACUGGAUCCCCUUCGUCGUCAACCUCGACCUCUCCGGCAACCGCCUCACCGGCCCGCUCCCCUCCGAGCUCGCCAACUGCCGCUUCCUCAACUCGCUCAAGCUCAGCGACAACGCCUUCUCCGGCCAGAUCCCCGCCUCCCUCGCGCGCCUCGACCGCCUCAAGGCGCUCGACCUCUCCGGGAACCGCCUCGAGGGCCAGAUCCCGUCCCAGCUCGGCUCUGCCUUCUCCAAGGACUCCUUCUCCGGGAACUCGGGCCUCUGCGGCCACCCCGUGUCCUCGCGCUGCGGCAGCGGCCUUGGGGGCACCGGCCUCGGCAUCGUUAUUGCUGCCGAGGUCUUCGGCGCCGCCGCUUCGCUGCUCCUCGCCUUCUUCUUCUGGCGAUGCACCGGGAAGGGCAAGGCUGGCCGCCGCCGCCAGGGCCGCGGAGGAAGCGAGUCGGAGGUCACUGCGACUUAUCCAGAUCGGGCGCCGCCGCGCGUGAGGACGAAGGAGGUGCGGGGGGUUUCUGCAAAAAAAAAUGCCACGUCAGCAGCUGACAGGCGGGCCCUGCCGGCAGCUGCUUCAAUUACAACAUGGGUAUGGACAAUGUUACAAGUGGAAAUGUUGAAACUAUACACUGAUGUUACAGCUAAUUAG